GCGCUGGCUCCGCCCCCUUCCCCCGCCCGCCCCGAUCGGCGGCGGCUCCGGGACCCCAAAAAACCCCCAAAACGCCCCAAAAAAACCCAGAGACCCCCCGGAAAGAGCCCGGAAACACCCCCCGCACACCGGGAACCCGCCCCCGGGGCCCGCGGAGGUUAAAUGAAGGGCCCCCAUGGAGCCCGAGGGAGGGGGUGACGCCCCCCGGACCCCCAACGUGCCCUGGCGCAGCUACAAACUGGUGCUGGACCCCGCCCUGCGCAGGGGGGGGCAGAAGGUCUACAGAUACGAUGGGGUUCACUUCAGCGUGCCUGAUUCGGGGUUCCCCCCGGCGGGGCCCGUCCAGGACCCCCGACCCCGCCGGAUCUGGGCCAAGCACCGGGACCUGUCCCUGCCCGUGCCCAAGUUCAAGCUGGACGAGUUCUACGUGGGGCAGAUCCCGCUGAAGGAGGGUCUGGGUUGGGAGGUUCUGGG